AUGAAGGAAAUUGAGGACAUAGUUAUGAACCUCACAAACGCGGAAACCAUUCACGAUGCUUUGGGCCGAACUAACAUCAUAAGACCGCGAGCUCAACUACAUAAGCUAACCGUACGGAUCCGGAAGAUUACGGAAAGGUACAAAGAGGGAACAACGGAGGAUACCUUAACGCCCUUGGUGUUAGAAAGACUUGAGAAAGCGAGAGGGGAACUCGUUGAAGAAAUUGACCGGCUGGAAGUGAUGUGCAGACAACGCGAAAUACCGCACUCUUCAGUUUCUCAGAUCGAUAAGGGUCAAACUCAUGGUGCAACACCGAUUCAGGCGGAUCCGGUGAUAAACAAAACAGAUGAAAGGGUGGAGCCUCCUCUCACCGAACAACUCCAACAUGAACAACCGGGAGUCUCCGAGCCGGGCAUUACAAAAGAAUGGGUCAAGAGCCUUCUCCAAGAAUUUGCAGACUCAACGGUUCACCCACUAGAGGAGAAGAUGAAAAGAACCGUAGGCCAUGCACUCCGGUUUUCCAACAAUACAAGGCAUACUCUGUUAAGGGCAGAUGACCGGUUCUCACAACUCAAAGCUGACCACCGGGAAGACGCGGUUUUGCGCAACAACCAUCUUCACCGAACCGAGGCCUUGGAAGAAGACACCUCAGGUCUAAAAGAUAACUUCGAUCGGCUUGAAAGAGAGACCGAACAAAGAUUAAGAGAGGUCACUGAGGAUCUAGUCGGCACGACACUCAGCAGGGUCUCGGAACUAGAAAAGAAGAAUGCGGGUCUGGAAGACCGCAACGACAAACUCGAGGCCGACCUCAAGGCCUUGACCGCACAGGAUACGCUGGACGAAGAAGCAAGGUUAGCAAAGGAGCUUCCGCAACUCACCGAAGAAGAAAGAGCCGAGCGAGAACGAAGGACAGCGGCUAAGUAUCCAGGACUUGCAAAGUCGGUAGCCGCUCAAGCUGCAAAGGAUGCAGAGCGGUUAGAUAGGGAAAGACAAAGGCUCGAAGGUUUUGCAGCCGCUAACAAAAAGAAAAAGGAGGUCCCUUCCUCUUCGGUUCCGGCAAAGCGAAAAAGGGAAUCCUCAAAGAAGGCUCAAGUGGCUGAGCUGCUGAAUGAAGUCACUGACACGGUUAUUGAGAGUCUACCGGAUCAGGCUACUCACGUCGAAGAAGAGGAUGAAGAGCCCCUACAGCGGCGGCCUACAAGACAACGAGUCUCCGAAUCGGCCAGUCAACCGCAACCGAUUAAGAGAAAACGGAACAAGAAUUUGAUGUCCAGCUAUGACUUCUCCGAUUUAGAAUAG